ACUUUACAGUAGACGUUUUUUAAAGUUGGAAGAAAUUGAAUUGCUAAAACUAUUGAUUGAAUCAAUUUAUCCAAGAUAUAAUUUAUUACAUGAACCAAUUCAAAAAUAUGGUAAACAAAUUAGGAUUGAUAAUAUUAUAAAUGAAUUACUUGGAACAUUAAAAUUAAUAGAAAAUUGUACCGAUUGCAAGAAAAAAAUGAUAGAAGGUGUUAUGGGUUAUUCGCAUGAAUUAAUUGAUGCAUUAAAUGAACUUUUAAAUGCAUUAAAAGAAAAUGGGGAAAACAAAA